AUGGAGAAGCUGGCCCACUGCACCCCCCUCCGGGCCCCAAGGAACACCCGCCCACCCCACCCUGGCCCCUCAAGCCAGCCGCCCGCCGACCACAGCAGUAGGACGCCCCCGCGCACGCUCACCUUCUUGCCCUUCUUGCCCUCCUCUUCCAUAUCGCCGCGUGCGGCUCCCGCGGCCCGCCCGGCCCGCCCCGGGAGCCCCGCCGCCAGCAGCCGCUACAUGCUCGACCCGGGCCCGCCGCCCCCGCGCUCCCGGCGCCGCCCGCCAGCCGGGCCCGAAGUCUCCGCCCCGGCCGCGCCCCGCACCCGCACUUCCGGGCCCGAGAGAGCAGGCCCCCACUCCGCCCCGCCCAGGCCCCACCUUCCCCAGCGCAGGCCCCGCCCACGGUUGUCGCUCAUCCUCACUUUCAGGCCCAAGGGAAUCGGACCCGCGGCGAUCAGACCCCGCCCCUUCAGGGAGAACACGGCCCGUUGGCCCCGCUCACGGCGAGAGCACCGCCCACAGGCUGAAGAUCCUGCCCCUUCAGGACGGCCGAGAACGCGCCUGCCUUGCACCACCCCCACCCCGCCCCGCGUCCUUCAGGAGAGCCGGAAACGCUCCUACCCGCUUUUCGCUUCUGCACGGCCGCGAGAACGCACCUGUCCAGCCCCCUGUUCGCUUCGCCCACUCAGCGCGCGCGGGAGCGCGCGCGGGAGCAGCUCCAACUUUUUCAAUUUGCCGCCAUCUUUACGGCGGCCGACUUCCCAGCCUGCCUCGCGUCCAGGGAGGCGGAGCUCAGAUGAGGUCCGGGGAAUGAGGUGAUUCGCCCAAAAGCACACUACAAAUUGGAGUCACCAGCAGGUCUGCUAUUUUGCCACUAAACCAAUCUGCCGGUCACACAUUGGCUGUAAAGUGUCCUAACAGCCACCUACUUAUGAUUACUGCUUUCUUACCAAUAACCUCCCCAGCCUGUUGUGUGGCUCCUACAUCUUGAACAAAAGAGACCAAGGCAUACAUCUGUAGGAGACCAGAAUAUGCCACCCCAAAAUAUGCCUCCUUGGCAUAAGGAUUAUUUUGAGCUAGUAAUUUUGAGAAACAGAAGCUAUGAAAACAGCAUAAACUACCCCUUUGAAAGAGAAAUUCACCCCGGCCGCCACCCCGUCUGGGAAGUGAGGAGCGUCUCUGCCUGGCCGCCCAUCAUCUGGGAUAUGAGGAGCCCCUCCGCCCGGCAGCCGCCCCGUCUGGGAGACCUCGCACUGGAUGGAUCAGCUGGCACCACCCAGAUCGAUAAACUGGCUCAUCAGAUCUUGUGGCCCCCACCCAGGAACUGACUCAAGCCCAAGACAGCUUCAAUUCCCUAUGAUUUCAUCUCUGACCCGAUCAAUCAGCACUCCUGACUCACUGGAUGCCACCCACCCUCCAAAUUAUCCUUAAAAACUGUGACCUCCAAAUGCUUGGGGAGACUCAUUUGAGUAAUAAAAAAAAGUCCCAGUUUCCUACACA